GUUUGCCUUGCUUGUGUAUGUUUGAAGAAAGCAGAUGAUCUACAUCAAUUGCUAUUUUCUGAUGGAGUAACUUGACACUUUGUGUAUAAAAUGGCAUCAUCAACGCAUGUCUGCAGCGUAUGUGAUCUUCGGAAUAUUACAAAACAAUCCAUAACCUGGUGUACUGAAUGUGACGAAGGACUUUGUUUUGAAUGUCAAGAACAUCACAGUCUGUCGAAGGGAACACGAAAACAUAAUACAAUAUCAAUAACCGAAUAUCAGAUACUACCCAGUGGUAUUCUUCAACUCACUCAAAAAUGUGACAAACAUAAUGAAAAAUAUACAAUAUACUGUAAAAAGCAUGAAUGUCCCUGCUGUAGUAGCUGUAUUGUAGAAAAUCACAGCGAUUGCCAAGAUUUGGCCAAAUUGGCCGAAAUCGUCAAAAAUAUAAGACUAUCAAAUGUACUCUAUGAGAUCGAGAAUUCGUUUGCCGAACUAGUCGAUGAUAUAAAGAAAAUUCAACAUACCGUACAAUACAGUCUAAAGACCUUAUCUGGAGAGAAAUUGAAGAUUCUGGAAGAAAUUAAACAAACACGUAUUACAAUCAACAAACAUUUAGACAAAAUACAGGAAGACACAUUGAAAACAAUACAAGAAACUGAAGAAAAAGAACAUAAGAAUAUUAGUGAGUUACUGGCUUUAUUAAAAGAAAAAGAAAAUGAAAUAUUUGAAUGCCAAAGAAACAUGGAGAAAGUCAAGGAGAAUGCUACAGAUCUUCAGACAUUUCUUUCUAUUAAGCAACUGGAAAAAGAAGUCUCUAAAAAAGAACAUUUGUUGCGGUCCCUGAUCGAAAGCGAAACUUUUAAAGAAAGCAAGUUAUCGUAUCAAGUCAAUACUGCUAUUAUGAAGAUCAUCGCCGAUAUUGAGAGUUUCGGGAAAGUUCAUAUUAAAACAAAGCAAUUUGAUGUUGUCCUGACAAGGAAAAAAGACAAACAAGCCCAAAGUAUGGUGCCGCGACAAUUAUCUAGGUCAAUUAAAAACAUUAACUUCAAGCUGCAAAAUACUAUAAUUACUAUGGGUGGAAAAAUUUGGGGUUGUUGUAUGUUACCAGAUGGUAGAACGGCGUUUACGGAUUGUGAUUGCGUCAGAGUGUUCAACACUGACGGAUCAAAAGAUUUUGAAGUGGCAACUCCUACCUCGGCAUGUGACAUAGCAUACAUCAGUGUAGACAACACAUUGGCUGUAACAUCUGGAUCUUCGGGAAUAAAAUGCAUUACAAUCAUCGACAUUCAGAAUAAAAAAAUCAAAGACAAGAUUGAUGUUGAUUCUUAUUAUUACGGAAUAGCGGUAAAAGGCACUACAUUUAUUUGUUCAACAUCUCGGAAAGGAAUACGCUUGGUUUAUCCGUACAACAAUUCAAUAAGUUAUUUGGUCCGACAGGAAAUACCUCGUUUUUGUUACGUUGCAAUAUUUGGGUACAAAAUGUACCAUACAAAUAACAGAUCAAAUUCUGUGACAUGUUAUGAUCUACAAGGUACAUGUAGAGUACAGUGGUCAUUUAAGAAUGAAAGCGUCCUGAAGAUUCCAAGUGGUAUUUCUGUAGACAAUGAUGGUAACGUGUAUGUAAUAGGAAACUCUUCUAAGAAUGUGGUUGUUAUAUCUGCUAAUGGACAAGAAUAUAAGGAAAUACUAAAUGCCAGAGAUGGGCUUCAAGAUGCAACAGGUCUUCAUUAUAAUAGAAAUACGAAUCAGUUACUAGUUGCAAAUCAUAAGCAGAAAGCAAUGAUUUUUACAUUGAUUUGAUUAAAGAACAUUCAUUAUUGACCAGUAGAAUUAAAUCAUAUACUUUGGAAUUAGACUUUUUUUCUUAUAAUCAUUAUUUUUAUCUUUUUUUUUUUCUUUAUUUGGGUUUUAUUAUCCAUUUGAAUA